AUGGCGGCGCCUGGAUCGCCGGAUCUGACCGCAUUAAAGCCGUCAUUACAGACCAGUACUGGACACAAAAAGCAGUCGGAACCUGAGGGGCUUAAGCUGAACGUGGACGGGUUAACAGAGCUGCUGAACAGUCUUUCUGACCCUGUUAAUACCGGGCACAACAACGGAGAGAGCGCAAGCUUUACAUCAGUGGAGGAUCUGAUUACCAUGUUCGACCAAAAGUUAGACGCGUGUUUUGGAAAUUUGGAAGCUGAAAGCGAACUUAUAGCACCGGUGGAACAACUUACCGAAAACACAGUCCUACACAGCGACGAAAUUUGGAAUUCUCUGAUAGAACAUUUUGGUAAAAUCAUGCCAGUGGACUGGAAUCAGUCUUACACCCGCACACUUCACCUCCCCACACUCAUGACUGAGGACAGUCCGAGGGUGGAUAGUGUGAAUUUGGAUGUUUCUGAUGAUGAGGAGCUGAGGGAGCAGAUGGACCUGCAUUCCAUCAUCGUGCCUUGUGUUAAUGAUGAGCCCUUUGUAACUGCAGAGCAGGUGAUUGAGGAGAUAGAGGAAAUGAUGCAGGACUCUCCAGAUACUGAAGCAAAGCAGAACCCUGUUCAGUUAAAACUGACACAAAAAUCCAUCAACCACAGCUUUGAGGAAAGAGUGAGGAAUCUCAGUGUUGCAAAACUGAAUGAGCUAUUGGAAGAGGUGGAGGCAGAGAUCAGACACUACUCUGAGGAUCUGGUAAAGCAUCUGGCUCUGAGAGAUGAACUCGAGUUUGAGAAGGAGGUGAAGAACAGUUUCAUCUCUGUGCUGAUAGACAUGCAAAAUCGUCAGAAAGAGCACAGAGAGUUCAUGAAAAAGAAGAAAAGAGAAAAGAAUGAAGCCAAAGCAGAACAUGGAAGAGCAGGGAGAUUACCAACAAGUCACUUCAGCAUGGAGAGCAUUUCAACUGCCAUACAAAAUGGUUUUCGGCAAACUUUUAGGAAUGGGGGCGGGGACAAACAGUACCUCACUACAGUCAUUCCUUAUGAGAAGAAAGAAGGACCUCCAGCAGUUGAAGAUCUUCAAGUUCUCACAAAAAUUCUUCAAGCCAUGAGGGACGACAGUGAUAAAGUACCCAGUCUUCUUACAGAUUACAUUCUUAAAGUUCUUUGCCCUUUCUAGGAGGAAAAGUAGAGAAUGUUUUUUUACUUGGCAUUUCAGGACAGAGU